AUGUUGACAAAGCGUGAUUGCGAUGAUGGUAACCAUGACAACGACGGCGGCAGUGACCAUGACAACGGCGGCGGCGGUGACCAUGACAACGACGGUGGCGGCAACCAUGACAACGGCGGCGGUGGUUACCAUGACAACGGUGGCGGCGGUGACCAUGACAACGACGGUGGCGGCGACCAUGACAACAACGGCGGCGGUGACCGUGACAACGACGGUGGUUACCAUGACGACGACGGCGGUGGUUACCAUGACGACGACGGCGGUGGUGACCAUGACAACGACGGCGGUGGUUACCAUGACGACGGUGGCCGUGACCACCACCACCACCAUCAUCACCUCUACCGCG